AUGGAGAGCAGCUCGCAGCGGGUCAGCGGGGGGCUGUGGAGCAGCGCCAGACCCCAACCCAGCAGCAGGGAGAGCCGGGAGGCGCUGCAGGUGAUGAAGCAGGAAUCCAGACUCACCAACUUCCAGAGAAAACAGAUCAGCCAAAACUCAAAGAACAGGACAGAUCUGCCGGUGACGUCUCCUCCUCCCAGUAAAUCUGUCCACAGACCCCGGUCGUACGUUUCUGGGAAACGCAGCGCUGCGUCCUGCCGGUCUGGAAACAGCUACAGCAGAGAGAAGUUUCGUCCUGGCCCCACUCGAGACUUGGAGAAAGAGAAGAGGAGGCUUCAGGAUAUCCUCUCAACGGGAGCCGAAGAACCCAGAGAGGCACCUCCAGAACCAAGUCCUCCAGAGAAGAAGGAGCGAUACGAGGAAGUUCUGGAUGAAAUAGAAGAACGGAGACAGUUUUUGUCAGAAAUGGCGUCUCUGGGUCAGGAGAGGGACUACGUCGACAUUAUCAACGCUGAGAUCUCACAGAGAAUGCGAGAGCUGGAGCUGAUGGAGAAGGACGCAGCGAGAGCCGAGGACAGGAAGUGA